UACACAACCAUAGAAACAACAAAAGUUCCUUUUGCAUUGGAAGAUUGGACUAUUCCAGUAGCUUUGUUCAGUAACGAUACGAUGGAUGCGAUACCUGAUGAGAUUAUUCGGCAUAUUCUACAUUAUCUUCCUUACGAUGAAGUUAGCAAAUCGAGAAUGAUAUGUAGAAGAUUUAACACCCUUGGAGGCCAAGUUUUGAAUGAUGGGUUCAGAAGAGUUCGCUUAUUUCAUACUCAAUGUCUAAAGGAAAUCAAAGAUGAACUUCCAAGACGAGAAUCUGAAAGGCGUAAACAUCAUUUGUACCCACGUCACGAUGUUCUGCAAGCCAUUGAAACAAGAUUAUCGCUACUUCGCAUGACGUACAGUCGACUCAUCAGCGUGGGAAGUAUUUGCUUCAUACCAGGAAAAGUUUUGGACGAACUAUUCCGAAUUCUUGGAAUUGUACAAGAGCGCGGCACACCAAUACAGAAUAGUCUUCCAUUACUGCGGGAAAUGAGAGAUAUUUCCUCAAUGGCAAUGGAGCAUUUCGAAGAAGAGAUUCUGCCACAUGUCGACUCCACAGACAUAGCUGCUGGGAAAAGUAUUCCAGAUUUCUUAAUGCCUUCUGAUUUCUUACUUCCUACACCUUGUCAAAGUCCAAAUGAAACACCGACAACGCCACCAUCAAGUAGGAGACCGAUCAAGAGACAGAAUAGAAUAAAUCAUACAGUAAAACUAUAUGAUAAGCUUUCAAGUCAAAAUCGAAUGAUUUCCCGACAACGUGUACGAAUUAAUCAGUUAGAAAAUGUAACGACCUCUCUCUCUCUCACGGUCAAUGAACAGAAGGGGCAGAUAUCUGAAAUUAUGAAGCAACUGGGAGUUCUUCAAGGAUUGUUCAGAGACCAACGCAGGGUACCGUCAUCCUCUGUUCCUUGUACCUCCAGAGAUUUCAACAACAACAUACUCUCAUUUGAAGAAGAUUUCCUAGACGAAUUAUGCCCUACCGAAAAGCGAAUUUUACCAGAUAGGACUGAUUUAGCGAACGCCAGAAAAGCGAAAAGACGAAAGAAAGACUGAUUGAUACACGACUGUGGGGCAGCUUGAAAAUCCACAAUAAAAUCAGCCUAAUUUUUCUCAUGAAAGUUGAUUUUGCUUGCUGAAAGGCUUCAUACAACCAGUUACUGAGGAGCUAAAGAUUUCUCAGAUAGUUAUACUGAAAAACUAAUUUCACCUUAUAGGCAGGGCUACCAUUGAUAUGAACCCAAAAAUGGUUUGUCAUUGUGUCAAUUAAUUUGCUGUUAUUAAGUAAUGAAUGCGCGUAGCAAUCAAUGGGGUUGUAAAAUAGUAUUUCUAACGAAUCAUUCAUUCGAAUUGACCAAUCUAAGCGCCUGGUAUAAGAACCUCUACCCAUAAAAUAAGGACACAUGUCAAAAUAGGGACGUUUCUUAAAAAUAAGGACAAAAAUUUCAUUAGGACAAAGACCUUCAAAAUAAGUACAAAUCUCGGAAAUAAAGACGUUAUGGCAGCCCUGCUUAUAUAGGCCUGAUUUAACAAACCCUAGACAAGCAAAAAGACAGAAAAAAUAGAAUGAUUGACACACAGCUGUGGGGUUGUUCGAAAAGCCAAAAUAAAAUCUGAAUUUUUCAUAUAUGAUGAUUUUACUUAUAUACAAUUUCAACUUAAAAAUUAAUAUAAGUAUUAAGUGGUAAAAAUAAGUGCUUGGAUUUUGUUGUUUACAUGACAUAUUAAAAAUGUGAAAAAUUAGAUUGUUUCAGAGCUGGAGCCACUGAAAUGUCUGGCAACUCCAUCUA